AUGACCGGGCUGUUUUUGAUCCCCCGCUGCUGGCUGGACCUGUGUGACGCAUCCAUCACUCCCAAUCUCACUGCUACGAAGGGUUCGCAAAGCCUUUGCAUAUUUGGUGUUGCUUUGAUUUUUGUUACCGGAUGGGCCCAGAUGAUGCCCAUGGAAUGGACCGUUGGCGAACUUCUACCGAAUCUUCUCGAGUUUUGUGGAAUCUUUUUAUUCUUCGCAACCAUCUUCAUCAUUUUCAAGGACAUGGAUGUCUGGUGCAAUCUAUUCGAUGGGAACAGCGAAAUUUGGUCUACGCUGCAGAUCCCUCCGUCCGGAUAG